AUGUGUGUUCAUAUCUAUCUAUCUAUCUAUCUCUCUAAGACUUUUCUCUCUCUCUCUCUAUCUAUCUAUCUAUCUAAGACUUUUCUCUCUCUCUCUUUCCCUCUCUCUCUCUAUAUCUAUCUAUCUAUCUAUCUAUCUAAGACUUUUUUCUAUCUAUCUAUCUAUCUAUCUAUCUAUCUAUCUAUCUAUCUAUCUAUCUAUCUAUCUAUCUAUCUGGGAAGGUUGGGAAUGUGCAGCAUGGCGGAAGAGGUGAAUAGACAAGAUGAAAGAAAUGAGAAGAAUAUAAAAGGUAACAUCUAUCUAUCUAUCUAUCUAUCUAUCUAUCUAUCUAUCUAUCUCAAUCUGUUCAUAUCUAUCUAUCUAUCUAUCUAUCUAUCUAUCUAUCUAUCUAUCUAUCUAUCUCAAUCUGUUCAUAUCUAUCUAUCUAUCUAUCUAUCUAUCUAUCUAUUUUUCUAUCUAUCUCUCUAUCUCACUCUCUUAUAUCCGGGUUACACUGUAUCUGUCUAUCUCAGUUAG